GCUAUCAACACACUGCAAACUGCUUUUGGGGAAUUGGGAACACAAGCAACGGGCGCUAUGAAUGGUCUAACUGAGCUAAAGGGACAGUGGAAUGAGAUCUCGUUCGGUGAUAGAGCGGUUAUGACGCAGACUCUACAGGCCGCUGCCUCAAAUAUUCACAAGUUUUUAAAUGCGGGAAGUGAUCCAGUUGGCGCAGUACAGGGAGCACUCAACAUGGUGGCACAGUUUGCAGCUCUUGCCGGUCCCACUGGCCAAAUUGCUGCCGUAGCCUUAAGUUUCGUCUCCGGGUAUCUGAGUCUUUUUGGAGCGGGGGGACAGGAAAAGAAAUCUAUCGGAGAAAUUGUGCGUGAAGAAAUAGAUGAGGCAUUGGCACAAUUCCGUGAGAGCGAUCUUAGUAAUAAGGCUGAAGGCAUUACCAGUACAUUCCAAGUUUCCAAGGCAUAUAUGGAUAAGCUGGCCCAGUCUGGCAAAAAGCUCACCGUUUCUCAGGCGGCGUCACUUGAGAGGCAUGUGCCACUGUAUCUUGACCUCCCCUUCAUGGGGAAAUUGGCAAGUGAAAUUGACGGUCUUCUGAAGGUCAACAAAAUAAGCGAUGCCAAAAAGACAUUGAAAUACAUUGAGCUGUAUACAAAAAUGGCGAUUCUUAAAGACAUGAUCAUGCAGAAAGCAGCGACUUUGUUACCUAUCAACCUAGAACCCAACCGACCAGCCUUGUUAGCUGCCCAGGAAUCUAUACGCGAUCAGCAAAAGCAUCUGAUAAUAUUCCUUCGCCAAGGUAAAAUUGGCAAGAUGGCACUAAAUUACUUCGACCCUGACGUGAGCCCAUUCACAGAUUCCUAUUUGACAAAGGUGUUGAAAGUACCCGAUUAUGAUCGUUCCAUGGCUGGAAGAUGGUGUCUGACGCCACACAUUUCUGGUCAAAAGCUGAACCCAAUCACGUGGGCGACAGACGAGAACAGCUUAAUGAAGGACGGUCACCCCUACAUUACAACUGCGAUUGAAAACUGCCACUGGAAACUUAUCCCCCAUGGUAACAAUCUCUACACAGUACAGAACAUCUACAAGUGUCCUAAGUAUGGCUACUGUGGACAGUACCUGUCGUUUGAUAUAUUAUCUGGCGAGGACAGCCGAGUGACAUUAAAGACAUACGCAGAUCUUUGGGAAAUCUGUUGUGUUCGCCAAGAGAGGUAG